AUCAUUUAUUUUUUGUUCGCUCCUAUGGACAUCUGAAAGAGGCAAAAAUUAAUGACCCUGCCUGUAUGCUAUAAUGAAACCAGUAUUCUUGUCUAUGAUUAUAUAGCAUAUGUGUUAAAAAAACAUGGAUAUUCAUACUUAUAUGUAUCAGAUAAAGAAUCCGAUUCUAAAGAAGUUUUAUACACACUAAAAGAAUUAUCUGAUGAAUUUGAAACCCGAUAUAAGGAUGUAUUUGAAGGUCUUUGUGUGCAAUUAAAUAUUAUAAGUGUGCAAACAGCUUAUCCAUCAUUUGUCGCUGUUGCUAAAGAACUCUUUAAGGAUGGAGGAAUAAAAUGGGGGAGAAUUACAGCUCUCUUUGUGUUUUCUGGUCAACUUUGUUUAGAAUGCAUUAAUAAAGACUUACCACAACUAGUGGGACAAAUUGCUAUUUGGUUAAGUCAAUUUGUUGAAAAUAAUCUUUCAGAAUGGAUCGAUGAACAAGGGGGAUGGCAAGGUUAUGUAGAGUUCUAUCAAAAAUGUCCAAACAUAAAAAGUGAGAAUACUUGGCCAACUAUUACAAAUUUUAUAUGCGGUAUUGCAGCAGGCGCAUUGGGGGCUAUAACCUUAAAAAAUUGGUUCAAUACCUCAUGAAAAAUAUAAGUUAAAAAGCAUUGCAUUUAUUUUCUGUGUAAAUAUAUUUAUUUGACAACAUGCUUGUACAUCAAAUAUCUGACCAUUGAUUUAUAUUAUAAAAAUUAUUUAUUAUAGAAAAAAAAACUAACUUUUAAUGUGUUACCAUUAAAAUAUAGGCAAAUAAAAUU